CCGCAGGUUUGCAGCCCGCAGUUGCACGUGUGAGCGGGAGCGCCGCCGCAGCUGGGUCGACCUGACCACCCACCCACCCCUUUUUUUCCUCCCUCUUUUGCCCGCUGGAGACACCCACCCACCCAGCCAGCCAGCCAUGGGCGACCCCCGGGACGUGCGGGUGGGGGAUGUCAACUCCAACCUGCUGAUCGGCUGCAGCACCGGGGACGCCCAGCUGGACCGGGCGGUGGGGCAGUGGCUGAGCUGGGACAAGAACCCUAAGACCAAAGAGCAGAUCGAAAGCCUGUUACGGAAUGGGAAGAAUAAGGAGCUACGGGACCGUCUCUGCCGCCGGCUGACCUUUGGGACCGCCGGCCUGCGCUCCGCCAUGGGGGCCGGCUUCUGCUACAUCAACGAUCUUACCGUGAUCCAGUCCACCCAGAGUCUCAGCAUCUUUUUUACAUCGUGGUGACCAAAACUGGAUGCAGGAUUCCGAGUGUGGCCUUACCAAGGCCUUGAAGAGUGGUAUUAAUACUUCACGUGAUCUUUUUCGUUUUUCUUGCAAAGUGAUCCAGGGAUCAGUAGCUUCAGAUAGUAGCUGAUUCCAGAGCCUCAGCGUAGGAGACCUUGGGCCAGGCCAGACAUCCUGUAAACAAGACUGACUCCUUAUCGUUUAAAAGAAAAAUACUUUAUAUUUUCACUGUGUAUGCUGCCCAGAGUCAACUUGUGUGAGAUAGCUGGCUAUCUAAAUUUGAGAAAUAACAAUGAAAACCAAACCCCCAUUGACAGACGUUAUUCCCCUUCUCGACAAGCUGGGCCUAGCUAGCAAAUUUUCCAUAGAAAGAUAGCUGAGGAACAAAACAAGACAGUGGAGCAAGGGCAGAUUCUCCCUUUGAUCCCUCAUUCUGGCUGAGGAUAAUUCAGCAGGGAGGAAUCAAAUAUUUAUUAAACUACUGAAUCAUCUAUAGCAAUAGAUGAAAGAAAAGCAACAAAGAGGAUCAGGGGACUGGAGGCUGAAACAUAUAAGGAAC